GGCUUGGCAACGUGCAACCAAUCACCGCCCAGCCAAAACGCAGUCUGAUCAUUGUUGAAGCUCGUAGCUCCUGUACGUCGAACUGCACUUUUUGACCUCUUGCGAAGAAUCUCGAUCCUCACCCUGCCUUCGCAAUGGCUUCUCCAGCUUCGCUAGGCUCCAGAGCCUUGCGAGCCAGCCGUCGCCAACUUGCUGCACCCAUUUUACAGAAGAGAGGUCUCGCCGCACCAGCUUCCGGAAGCUUUGGAUAUGAGACUGGUGAAGCCAAUGGCGUCAAGUUUGCAAGCAGAGAUUUGCCUAAUCCUACCACAACCCUGACCGUUGUCGCCAAAGCCGGCACGAGGUACCAGCCGCUGCCGGGUUUGACGGACGCACUCGAGAAAUUCGCCUUCCUGUCGACCGAGAAACGAUCAGCUCUACGAAUCACUCGAGAAGUCGAGCUCCUAGGUGGCGAGACGUCUGCAUCCCAUUCCCGCGAGAAUCUCGUCCUCACAGCCAAGUUCCUCAGAGAUGAUCUGCCCUACUUCGCCGAGCUGAUGGGGGAGGUCGUUUCGAAAACGCGUUAUACAACCCAUGAACUCAACGAAGACGUGCUUCGUGUCAUGAAACUAGCCACUCAGAAACUGCUUGCCAGUCCAGCCGCACUCGCCCUAAAUUCGGUCCAUGGCAUGGCCUUCCAUCGUGGUCUCGGCGAACCACUGUACCCUACGUCUUCAACUCCGCUCGCCAAGUACGUCGACGCCGAGAACGUCUUUGAGUUCAGCCAGGCGGCCUUUCAAGCCUCCAACAUUGCCGUUGUCGCCAAUGGCGCAACUCACUCCGAAGUCUCGAAGUGGGUGAAGGAGUGCUUCGGCGACCUGAACACCGGAUCCGGGAAAUUCGACAUCAAGAGCCCCGCGUCGAAAUACUACGGAGGAGAAGAAAGAAUUGCACAUGGCUCUGGAAAUGUGUUGAUUAUAGGUUUCCCAGGUUCAAGCUCGUACACUACCGGCUCGUCCUACAAGCCGGAGAUCUCAGUCCUUGCGGCUCUGCUCGGAGGAGAGUCGUCUAUCAAAUGGUCUCCUGGUUUCUCCCUACUGUCAAAAGCCGCGAAGGACUUCCCUGGUGCUCAUGUCUCGACUACCAAUGAUUCCUAUUCCGACGCUGGUCUACUGUACGUUACCAUCAAGGGUAGUGCGGAACAGAUUGGCAAGGCGAGCAAGGGCGUUGUUGAUGCGCUCAAGAAGGUUGCAUCCGGCGACGUGGCAGAGGAGGAUAUCAAGAAGGCCACAGUUUUGGCGAAAUACCGAGCACUUGAAGCUGGACAGCAGACUUCAUCCGGUCUCGAAGCCACCGGUACAGGUCUCAUUGCAGGUGGAAAGCCGUCGAACUUUGAAGAAAUUGCUGCUUCGAUUGACAAGGUGUCUUCAGACAAGGUCAAAUCGGCUGCCAAGGGCUUAUUAGAAUCCAGGGCUUCAGUAUCCGCAGUGGGAGAUCUGUUUGCUCUGCCUUUCGCUGAAGAGAUUGGUUUGAAGGUUUGAAGGAGAUAACAUAUGUCUCGGCGUGGGGCUUGGGCGGUGUAAAACUUGUAGAUAUCAGGAUAAUCGCACUGAGAAAUUCCAAUGAUCACGUUACUUCGAUUGAACCUGUUGGAU